AUGGUGGGAGGUGAUUACAAUGUUAUUCUCAAUGCAGAGGAGAAACUUAGUGGUCUUGAUGUUAUCUUUGAUAAAAUAAUUGACUUUGCUCAAUGUGUUAACAAUUGUGCACUCUCAGGCCUGGUUUAUAAAGAUAAUAUAGACACUUGCUGGAAUGGUAGAAUAGAAGAGGAGUGCAUUUUCAAGAGGCUGGAAAUAAUCUUGGUUAACUCAUAUUUCUUACAAGAGAGACCUAAUUCUGAGAGCAGAAGCACUUAUGGGAAUAUUUUUCACAAAGUAUCAACUUUGGAAGAUAUUGUAAGAGUGAAGGAGUUGCAACUAGAAAUAAACUAUACAGAAGAGAAUCAAAUGGAGUUGAGAGCACCAGAAGAAGAAUUGAGGAAGCAUUACCAGUUAGAAGAGAAAUUCUGGAAGCAGAAGUCUAGAAUGACAUGGUUUAAGGAUGGUGAUAGAAACACUAAAUUUUUUCUCAAUUAUAUCAGGGGCAAGAUGAAGAGACUUAGUAUACAGGAAAUAGAAAAUGAGCAGGGAACUGUCUUACAGGAACUAGAUAGUAUUAGGGAAGAAGCAGUGAAUUAUUUUAAGAAAUAA